ACACCAGCACUAAGAGCUGUUGGUAAUGUUGUCACAGGGCGGGAUGAUCAAACACAGGCUGUCAUUGAAAACAAUGCUCUAUACUACUUCAGAAAUCUACUUACACAUAAGCGUAGUACAGUUGUGAAGGAAGCAGCUUGGGCUAUCUCAAAUAUCACAGCUGGUACAAAACCACAGAUACAGUGUGUCAUAGAAGCAGGUCUUGUGCCUUUAGUUAUUGAUAUCCUGAGAAGGGGUGACUUCAAAGCAAAGAAAGAAGCCAUUUGGGUCAUCACCAACUACACAUCAGGAGCCAAUCCUGAGCAACUUAAGUAUUUGUUACAUUGUGAUGUCAUUCCUGUCAUGUGUGAACAAAUGGAAAUCCAGGACCCAAAGAAUUCUCAAAACAUUGAGGGUGGUUUGGACUAUGCACUGACAUCUUUUGAAGAAAAUGAAGGAACAAACAUGUUAGAAAAGCUGCAAGAACAUAAGAAGCUCGAGGUGUAUGAGGCCUGCAAGAGUUUGAUUGAGAAAUACUUCCCUGAGGACGAUGGUGAAGAGGACGUUCACUUAGCACCUGACAGUACUACACAGGGAUUCCAGUUUGCUCCUCCUGUCUCAGCACCUGUAUUUAACUUCUCUUGA